AUGGUUAAAUACAAAUUACAUUAUUUUGAUGUAACUGGGAGGGCAGAACCAAUUCGUUUAAUUUUUAAUUAUAAAGGGCAACCAUUUGAAGAUUUUCGAUUUAAAAAAGAGGAUUGGCCGACACUUAAAUCGAACUAUAUAUUUGGACAAGUUCCAGUGUUAGAAGUAGAUGGGAAACAAUUAGCACAAUGUGGAGCUAUUAUGCAAUUUUUGGGCAAAAAAUUUGAUUUGGGAGGCAAAAAUGAAUGGGAAGAGGCAAAAGCAAUGGAAAUAAGCUGUCUUUGUGAUGAGAUGGGAUAUGCAGUAGAACCUUAUAUUGAUGCAAAAUUUGGAUUUCACGGAGGCAAUGUGGAACAACUUCGAAAAGAUGUUUUUCUGCCUGCUAUUGAAAGAUAUUUUCCUUUAUACGAAAAACGUUUGGAAGAGUCCAAUUCUGGUUUUAUUUUGCCUUCUGGAUUAAGUUUUGUUGACUUUUCUGUUGCUCAUUUUAUUAAAAUAAUGAUUGGAAUUGAAAACGAAUUUAAAUUUAAAUAUCCAAAAUUGGCUAAUUAUUCUGAUAGCUUUACUUUUACUAUUGAAGGACACUAAGAAAAUUUGAUUU